AUAAUGCUGACUCAUUUCAUUUUCAACACUAUUUUUCAGCUUUUUCUAACGAAAUAAUGACGGAUUAUGAUGACUAUGAAGACCGAUCUGGUGUGGUAGAAGAAGAACUAUUGGAUUUUGAUAGAGCAAUGCUGGACUUUCAAGCUAUGUUUCCCAGUCUAAGCAAUUCACAUAUUGAAUAUGUUCUACGGAAAUAUGAUGGAGAUGUUUCAGCCACUAUUAAUGAGCUACUUUAUGAUAACACGCCAACUACAACGACUUCUGAAUCUAUUCCACAUGGAGGAGACUUAACAAAAUUAAGGCAGCGAAGGCAUGAAAUAAACGAAAAACUGAGAGAAAAUCAAAAAUUUUUGGAUACGGUUACAGAUGUGGAAAUUGCGAGAGCAUAUGAAGACCAACAACUGGCCUUAUUACUUGAACACCGAGAAGUGAACACCCUUAUCAGUGAGGAGAAAAAGAAAAAGUCAUGUUCUGACUCAUCUUCUAUUCAAGAAUCGCGCCGGCAUGUGAAAAUUCCCGGGAAAAAUUCGAAAAAUUCUAAAAUUAGUGUGAACAAAGCGAAAAAAUUGGAACCGAGACGACGAUCGGACGAAGAUCGUGUUCCAGAUGGACCAUACAUCGGGGAGGGAGAAGUAAAAUCGGAGAAUUUCGCGGCGAAAAUAAAGGAAACGUUGAGAAAAGCUUCCGGAUCACGAAUUUCGAGAUUAUUUUCAGCACCAUAAUCUAAAUUGUUAUUUUUUCAGUUGUUAAAUAAAAAGGAGACUCAUAAUGAAUUCAUUUUAUUUUA